AACGCAGAACUGGAUUUUGUUCCCAAGCUUCCUAUCUAUAAGUCCACUUUACAGCUCAGAUGUCGUGUCACGGAAUCGAGCCGAUAUACCUCACAACCAUACAUGAUUUUCACGGAACACCCGGCGGAUUUUCAGCCACUCCCGUUCUACUCUGUUGUGGACUUUUCCGACGGAUUCGUCGGUGGUGUAUAUCAAGUCGUCUGUUACUAUAUCAACUCCAAUCUGGUUCGUCUUUCGAAACAAAUGCAGUUCAGUUUCCACGAACAGCCAACAGCCGUUACCAUACAAGCCGUGACCGACAAGAGUGAAAAGGACUCGUAUGCUGUUCGAUUACAGUGCAAGCCCAACGGUUAUCCACCCGAGGUGCUGAACACCGAAUGGGCCGUCCUUACAGGACCGAAGUUUGCAUUUGUUCAAAAGGGAAAAGAAUUUGCAUUGACCAAAUUCGCCACGUACGGAUAUUAUCUUGUAUACUGCGAUGCUCUUGUUGCAUUCGGAGCAACUACGAAACACUUCAACACUACUCGGAGAUUUCUCUAUUCAGUCGAUGAAUUUGACGAUUUCAUUGUUUACGAUACUCAGUGUCUUGCUCGGAAAACUGGAUCACAGUUUCGAGCAAUAGUGCGCAACUUCGACACAAUUCAACAGAUCCUACAACAGACAAUCUUGCUUCGAAAAACCUCGAUUAGAGAAACCAACGGAAAAGUGGAACAAGUCAAAGCUCGAGCUGAUCGGUAUAGGAGGCGAAGAAUGGGUGCACAUGGUCGCCGCAGAAUGAAACAGAUUGCGGAAAAAUCAUCACAUGAAAAUAAAGUGGACUAA